CCUCCCAUCUCUCCCCUCCUCCCAUCUCUCCACUCCUCCCAUCUCUCCCGCUCUCCCCUCUCAUCCCGUCUCCAUGGUAACCGCUGGGCGCGCACUGAGGAUAGAUGAACCCCCCCCCCCCGCCCCCACUCUUGCCUCUCUCCCACUCUCUUUCAUCGCUCUCCCCGCUCUCCCCCGCCUCUCCCCCAUCACGGGAGUUUUUAUUUUUAACGGGACGGGGCGACGCUCGGGAGGUUUACACGGGGCCCAUCACCACCAUCCCUCGCCCUCCAUCCACCAUCAUCCCAUCAUCGUCCAUCCACCAUCACCCUCCACCAUCCCUCACCCAGGCCCCUCACGCUCCAUCCACCAUCACCCCUCAUCAUCCACCAUCCCCCCCCCCCCCUCCAUCGCUCACCCCCCAAAGGGCUCCAAGUUGUGAAUUGUUGUCAGGAGCGAUGUCAGCCGCCAUCGCUACCUCGCGGUGAUGGUGAUGAUGAUGGUGGUGGUGGUGAUGUCUUUGCGCUCCACUGCACCGUACGCGACUCUGCUGCUACUGCUGCUCACUGCUCGAGCCGCUGUUGGUGAUGGUGGUGGUGAUGGUGGUGAUGGAGGGCAGCCGAGCACUGAAGCAGACGAGCAAGGGGUUCGGCAAGCCAGGACCCCGACGUCCGGGGUCUCAACGUGGACCUCUGGCCCCGGCACCCCUACCGUACCCCCUGGGACCCCCCCUCUGUCGUCCACGAACUUUGAGACUCCGCAGCCAACAGGUGGUGAGGCGGUGGAUUUUGAACCGAGUGACGUCACGCCCGGUGCCCAGGCUCCGACCAAUCAGGAGACGGCAGGGCCUCCACAGACCACGCCCACUAGCGCACCUGUGACUCCACGUGACUCCGGUGGGACCCCGUCCCGGCAGGAGGUUGGAGAACGUGGGGUUGAAGAAAUCGGGAGGGAGGAGGAGGCUGGGGUCCCUGGGAGGGAGGGGACUGAGAGCCCUGAGAGGGAGGAGACUGGGGGCCCAGUGGGAGAGACUGGGGGCUCUGGGAGGGAGAAUGAGGCUGGGGGUCCAGGAAGGGAGAAUGAGGCUGGGGGCCCUGGGAGGGUGGGGACUGAGAGCCCUGAGAGGGAAGAGACUGGGACCCCUGAGAGGGAGGAGACUGGGGGCCCAGUGGGAGAGACUGGGGGCCCUGGGAGGGAGAAUGAGGCUGGGGGCCCUGGGAGGGAGGGGACCGAGAGCCCUGAAAGAGAGGAGACUUUGGACCCAGUGAGAGAGACUGGGGGUCCAGGGAGGGAGAAUGAGGCUGGGGGCCCUGGGAGGGAAGAGACUGGGGAUCUCGUAAGGGAGGAGGAGGCUUGGGAGGGGACCGAGGGCCCUGGGAGGGAGGAAACUGGGGACCCAGUGAGAGAGACUGUGGACCCAGGGAGGGAGGAGGAGACUGUAGACCCAGGGAGGGAGGAGGAGACUGGAGGUUCUGAGAGGGAGGAGACCGAGGGCCCUGGCAGGGAGCAGACUGGGGGCUCAGUGGGAGAGACUGGGGGCCCAGGGAGGGAGGAGGAGACUGUGGAUUCAGAGAGGGAGGAGGAGACUGGAGGUUCUGAGAGGGAGGAGACCGAGAGCCCUGGGAGGGAGGAGACUGGGGGCUCAGUGGGAGAGACUGGGGGCCCAGGGAGGGAGCAGGAGACUGAGAGGGGGGAGGCAGGGGGCCCAGGGAGGGAGGAGUCUGGGGGCCCAGGGAGGGAGGAGACCGAGGGCCCUGGGAGGGAGGAGACCGAGGGUCCUGGGAGGGAGGAGACUGGGGGCCCAGUGGGAGAGACUGGAGGCCCAGGGAGGGAGGAGGAGACUGAGAGGGAGGAGGCAGGGGGCCCAGGAAGGGAGGAGACCGAGGACCCUGGGAGGGAGGAGACCGAGGGCCCUGGUAGGGAGGAGACCGAGGGCCCUGGGAGGGAAGAUAUUUGGGGCCCUGGGAGGGAGGAAGAAGAGACUGAGAGGGAGGAGGCUGGGGGCCCUGGGAGGGAGGAGACCGAGGGCCCUGGGAGGGAGGAGACCGGGGGCCCUGGGAGGGAGGACGAGGCUGGGGGCCCUGUGGAGGAGGAUGAGAUUGGAGGCCUUGUGAGAGAGAGCGGGGACCAUAGGGGCCCUCAUGGAGAGGUGCAGACUGGGGGCCUUAACAGGGAGGACGGGAUUGGAGGCCCUGGGAGGAAGGAGGCUGGGGGGCGUGCGGGGAAGGAGACUGGGGGCACGAGGGACCCUGCAGAGGAUGAGGAGGCCGGGGCCCCUGCAGGUGGAGAGGAUCCCCGGGGCCCCCCCCUCCCCGCCCUGCUGGGGGCACUGGGAGUGGCGUGUGCACUGCUCCUGGCACUGGCGGCCGCGUGCGCCGCGUGGAGGAGGAGCGCGCGGAGAGCGAAGAGUGGGCGGCUCACCGAGGAGAUGCAGGGACCGCGCUUUGGUUGCCACGACAACCCGGCGAUGGACCCCCGUCCAGAGAUGCAGGAGCGGCCCCACAGCUGGAAUGGGGGGCCCGGGCCGGGGCUGCCCCCUCCACGAGGGGUCCCUCCGGGCGUGGCCAGACCCCCCUGGGCCCCCCAGCACGCCUCACACCCCAGGGCUCCAAGCAAGAGAGAGCACCACGAGGAGGAGGACACACACCUGUAGAGAAGCGACCUCAGCAGGACACGCGAUCUCACUUGGACAAGCGAUCUCACCUAGACACGCAGCCUCACCUGGACACACUGCCUCACCUGGACAAGUAACCUCACCUGGACACGCGACCUUACCUGGACACGCGGCCUCACCUGAACAUGCUGCUUCACCUGGACACGCUGCCUCACAUAGACACGCGGCUUCACCUGGAUACGCGAUCUCACCUUGAUACGCGACCUCACCUGGAUACGCGACCUCACCUGGACAGGCGGCCUCACCUGGACACACGAUCUCACCUGGCAACGCAAUCUCACCUGGACACGCGGCCUCACCUGGACAUGCUGCCUCACCUAGACACGCUGCCUCACCUGGACACGCGACCUCACCUGGCAACACGGCCUCACCUGGAUACGCAACCUCACCUGGACAGGCGGCCUCACCUGGACACACGAUCUCACUUAGAUACGCAAUCUCACUUGGACCCGCGAUCCCACCUGUUCACAUUCUCACCUGCACACAGAUUUACUCGCCUGCACACCACCUGGUCGCGUGAGACUGCAGGCAGGUGGGGGGGGGGGGGUGCCGUCACGUGCUUGUGUCUGCGAUUGCCUACUAAGGGCGCCACUCGAGCACCAGAUUCCCCUUUCCCCUCCAAUUCGUCCUCCUCGCCCUGUCUCACCCCGGAUGGAGGAGGAGCCCGGAUCGAUAGCGCGUGUCCUGGUGGUGACGCCAGCGUCUGCCCAACUUGGCCCUGCCCCCCAAACUCCAAUCAAAAUCCUCAUUCCAAGCGUGAAUAAUCCCUAAGGCCAACCCAACCCUAACCCUAAUCCCAGUUAUAACCCUAACCACAACCCAAACCCUAGCCCUAAUCCCAACCUUAACGCCAACCCUAACUUGAGCCUCAACCCAAACCCUAAGCCUUACUCUAACCCCAAUCCUAACCUGAACCCUAAUCCCAACUCGAACCCAAACCCUAAUCCUCGCCCUAAUCCGAAAGCUACGCGAGUCUCUAACUCCAAUGCGAAUCCGAAUCAAAACCCCAACUCUGACCCUAAAUCAUUCCUCAACUCCACCUCUGUGCCUAACCCUAUCCCCGAGCCUAAAUCAUGAUUUCGAGCUCCAUGCCUAGCCAGAGACCUGAAUACCAUCUGACCCUACUAACCCUAUCCACGACCCCGAAUUCCCAACCUCCAACCAACCCCAACCCUAAUCCCGACUCUAACCCAGACCCCCCCCCCCCCUGAUGACCCCGGCACCCAAAGGUCACCGUGGCCCCCCGAGGAGGUGGGGUCAGUGUGAAGUGACUUCUCGCUGGGAGAGGAGCUCGCAAACGCGCGAUCGCUCGAUUCCACGUUUGUUCCACCGGGUCACUUUUUUCCCUUUUAAGCCCGAUGUUCCGUGUCAGCACCUCGUGGCGUUGAAGGACGGCUUCGACGUUUCGUGGCGCGCUGGCGAUUCGUGCUCUCGUUUAUUUGGGGGGGGGGGGGGUGUGUCUGUGUGUGCGUCUGUGUGUGUGUCUGUGUGUGUGUUUGUGUUUUUCGUGGAGUCCCCCACGCUGCGUCGAUGGCUGCACGCAAACGCCACUUGAACUUGCACGAAAUACACGCGACGUAGUAACGCACGAGUGAAUAUAACCUCGCAAACACACAAAUGUCUCUAUGUGAAUAACGCUCGCGACAAGACGCGCGUGGACGUGACGUGUGUGUGUGUACGUGCGCCGUGCUGGUCUUAGUAGGUGCUCGCUAACAUACAAACAAAAAACAUUUGCCCCCAA